AUGAAUUUUCGGCCUGAGAUGCGGAAAGUAACCCAUGUGCUGCCUCGUGAGGGCACGGGCAAGGCGGCCGGACCUGCCUACGCACCCAUGGGGGUUCCGCCAAUGGUCCCACCCAAGGCCCAUCCUAUGCGACCUGGCUGCGCCGGCUUCACACCAGCUGCGCAUCCUGUGAGCCAUGCCACUCAUCCCACUCAUGCCAGUCAUGCCAGUUCCAGUACUACCCGAAUCCCUGGGGCAACAGCUGGCUUCAAACAUGACCCACGAGGUCGUAGGACCUCGGGUACAGAAGUGCCAAAGGUACCAGCCGCACCAGGUGCACCAGUGGCACCAGCUGCCUCUGAGCAAAGUGCCGAGCAGCCAGCAGCAUCGCCCAGACAAGGCAGCAAAGAGAUGCCAAAGCCACGGGCCACACCGGAGACAAAAGCCAGCGACCGCCAGGUCGUGACCAGGAAGAAAUGGGAGGCCGUGCGUGAACGGGCGCUGACCCUCCUAGCAGCACCGGCCGCAUCACCCAGGAACACUCGCGAAGACGGACCGAAACGACGGCGCCAGGGACGGGGAUCUGAGCGCCCCAAAGGGGGUGGGACGGACGCUGAGGCUGUGCGUGAUCGGGCCCUGACACUUUUGGCAAGCUCCAACUCAGAUAGAAUCAAAGAACGUACCAAGACGUUCAUCCAGAAACACCAUGUGGACAUUUCACUGGAGCCCGAUGAGCUUCCAGGGAUUCCAACUGAUGACUGUGACACCAAGCCAGCUGAACCUGACCCGCAGGAUGACCUUGAUGCCACUCUGGACGCCCCAGCGGCCCCAGCGGCCGCAGCGGCCCCAGAGGCACCAGAGCCAAUGCCCAGCAUCGAGCGGGAGAGUGACCUGCCGGAGGCGUCGCCAGAGGGCGCCACAUUUUCCGAGAAGCCUCCUGUGUCAAAAAAAACCAGUUCCCCAGGCAAGAGCAGUGCACCUUCACCUUUUGCACCACCACCAGGGACACCGUUUGAAACCAGAGAUCCAGUGGAAGAAACACAGCUGGCUCAACUGUCAGCAGGCAUUUUUUGGAUCCUGGGCUGCUUUUUCCAAUGCUUGUUCUUUUCCCUGCGUUUCUGCGUGUGCUGCGCGAAGAGCUCCGCACUGAAUGCGGAGCCCAAGCGCCGUUUCGGUGAUGAGGUGCCAGAGGAAGCCGCGGUGCAUGCAGAAACCACCGAAGCAGUGAGGCCGGUGCUUGAUCACUUUGCAUCACACGUCCCUGCGGCUCUAGCCAUGGCAACACAACCUGACACAGCGGAGACAGGUGGUCAUAGUGCAGCAGCUCGAUCCAGUGUCCCUGCGGCUGCGCGUGACACCGCGGAGACAGGUGAGCAGACUUUGUCCGUGUUGCUGUCCAGUGCGGGGGCCACGCUUAGAGCGGACCUCGAGUUGCAGCUGAUCGGGCGUGCCGCGAAGGGACGGCACAGGCCAGGAGCACAUGGAUCGCAGCACUCAGAACAGAUCUUCGUGCUGCAUGCAGAUAUCUUCAAGAAGUUGCAGCGCAGCACCAGUAGCAGAGGCUUUACAGUAAUCGGCCCUGUGCAUCGGAUCUGCAGCAGUGGCGGAGCCAUCGAGUGCAGCAGCUGGAUCCAUCAAUGCGCUGUUGCUGGCUCCGACAUCGAGCCGCCAGUCACGGUGCUGCACCUUUGCAACCGCGCCUCGCCUGACCAGCAAGGGAUGGACGCCGUCCGCAGUCCUCUUCUGCAGUGGGUGGACAAUACCUGGCCCGGUCCAUGGCUUCCUCAAGAUUACCUCGACACCGGGAGCCAGCUUCGGGCGUAUGGUGGUCGGGAGCUGGGCGUCAUUAAAAUUACGCGGCAGCUUCCGAAGGCACACCUGACAAUCUCUGUCACGAUCGAAGACUGCGUGUUAUGCCUUUGCUUUGCCAAGUUGGAGCCACUUAAAGAAACUUUCCAAUGUCCACAAUGUGGUGGUGUGCGCAAUUGCCGUUCUCGGCAAAGCAAGCUGCGCCGCUUCCGACGGUGUUCCGUCCGUGACGAGUUCCACGAAUGGCCAAGUAAGCGGACUUUGUGCGUGGUCGCGGCCGUGUUCCUUGGACGCGUCGACUGCAAGCGUCGCUGCCGGCUGCUGUUGCGCGCCAAGGUCGCUGAGUGGUCGCCCAUUGGAUUUUGGAGCAGCCCGACAGAUACCGAGAAGCGCAACUUCGUCAGCGUCGCAGCCAUGGGGCCCACGGUGCCCCUGCCCGUGGCCGCGGUGUCCGGCGCCGGCGUCCCGCUGAGGCAUGCCCCUCCGCGGGGUCGAGGAGGGCGUCGUGGCAAGGCGAAGAACAACGAAUUCUACGAUGAGUUGGAAAAGUUGGAAGAUUUCUUUCGACAAGAGGCUGUUUUCAUUGGUGAGGCGGGCAUGGAUUGUGAUGUCGUUGUCAGGGUGCACCAACUGGAUGGAGUGCGACCUGCGCUGAUUGAAGGUCUGGUGUCUCCUGCCAAGAAGGAAGCAUCUUUUGCGGCCACCACUCCUCCCUCGUCUCAGGAGCUGUCUAGCAGCUUUGUGACAUCAAGUAGCAGGUCCUCGUCACCCGAGCUAGGGAGGGACCCUGGGAGCUAUCGUCUCACAGAGGGUCGCUGUGAGGCGUUGAGCAUUCCAUGGCCGUUGGACCUGGAGGAUGAAGCCAAGACAACGGAUGUGGAGGUGUCGUGCAGCCUGCCUCACUGCCUCACUGCUCUGUUUGGACCUCUAGCAGCUUGUGGCACCAUGGGCAUGCUCUUCAGCAAGAUCUGGACUCGGAUGAUCGGAUCCAAAGAGAUGCGGAUUUUGAUGCUUGGUUUAGAUGCCGCCGGCAAAACCACCAUCCUGUACCGCUUGAAGCUGGCUGAGGUGGUUACUACAAUCCCAACGGUAGGAUUCAACGUUGAGACUGUGGAGUACAAGAACAUCAAAUUCAACGUGUGGGAUGUGGGUGGCCAAGACAAGAUUCGCAGACUUUGGCGCCACUACUUCCAUGGCACAGAUGGUCUGAUCUAUGUGGUGGACAGUUCUGACCGUGACCGAAUCCAAGAUGCCAAGGAAGAAUUGGACAAGAUGCUGCAAGAGCAGGAGAUGGAGAAUGCUGUGCUGCUGGUCCUUGCCAACAAGCAAGACUUGCCCAAUGCAAUGACUGCUGCUGAAGUCAUGGAGAAGCUGGAACUGCAGAAACUUCGACAUCGGAAAUGGUUCAUUCAAUCCACGGUCGCUCCCACUGGCGAUGGCCUCUAUGAGGGUUUGGACUGGCUUUCCCGAAGUCUCUGCUCCCGCGAGUAA